CACCCGUGUUGACAGAGACCAAUGACACGCAACCCAACGCUACUCAAGUGCCAGACCGGACCCCGGUUUCAACGAAUCCAGCUCCAACCUCCAUGCCUCUUCGGACGUACCAAGACAGUGGCUUUGCGUGGCGGGAUCCCAACAACUGGAGCGGCGACACGGGCGCGUCGAUUGACUUUGCCUCGAGCGCGUUCGACGGCACCAAAAUCUCCGUCUCAACCUUUGGCGAACCGUAUGCGGCGUCGCCCGUUCUGCGCACGAUCCGCGGCUGGUCGGGCGAAAAGAUCUUGUACAUUGAGUGGACGACGUACGCGCAGUCCAACACCAACAUUUGGCUCUUGCCGACGCUGCUCACGCACCAAUUUGGGGAUCCGCGCUGGCCCAAUUGUGGUGAAUACGACAUUUUCGAAAUGUUCAAUGGCGGCAAACCCGCGGGCACAAAAAACUACUUCAAUUAUGGCCUGUUUGGCCAAUCGACGACGCACAUUGCGUCCCUGCAGUGCUUUGCCCCCGAGUACAUUGCGUCCCCCAUGGUCUCGUCGAGCGCAGCCCAGUACGAGAUUCAAGUCGGCGUCUCGACGGCCAUGGCCGUCAUCUUUGGCUCCGACGACCGCGGUCAGUACCUGCAGCAAAUCCAGAACCCGGUGUUGCUGCCUGGACAAAACGCGACCUUUGAUAUCUCGCUCAGCGACGGCGUCAUUGGCGCGCGGAUCUACAACGAUGCCAACCAUUACUGGGGGUUUCGACUCGUGCUCCAAGAACAGUAUUUGGGCUACUUUGACGUCACGAAUUUCCUCGUGCUACAAAAGCGCACGUAG